CGCACUCGCGACACGUGCGUGGAAAACUCCGUAUUGCUGCGGCAUUGUGCAUUGUAAAAGUUGAAACUGUUGAAACUGGAAUAAAAUAAUAAUAGACACUGAGUGUCAGCAACUGCCGGGAAAGAUGCAUCGUGAGAACGCCUACACCAAGGAGGCCGCCCUGAAGAAUCUGGCCAGGCGCGAGUUGGCCAACGGCCUGGACAAGGAUCCAAUUUACAAAUUGCGCCUGCAGUGCUUCAGUCGCGGGGCCACCGGCAUCUUGGGUUUGUCCAGAGCAUUUCGGGUGAUGGACGAUGAUGGCAGCAAGACUCUCAGUGCCGAGGAGUUCAAAAAAGGAGUCACAGAUAUCGGUCUGGAGCUGAGUGAUUCCGAAAUCGAGGAUAUGUUCACCAGCUUCGACACAGACGGAAGUGGCAACAUUAAUAUGACUGAAUUUCUGGUAAAGCUUCGGCCACCUAUGAAUAAUUCCCGUAUCAGCAUCAUCGAAAAGGCCUUUGACAAGAUGGAUGCCAACGGAGAUGGCCAAAUCACGGUUGCCGAUUUGAAGAACGUUUACUCGGUGCGCGAUCAUCCGAAGUACUUGAGUGGCGAGAUGACUGAGGCUGAGAUAUUCACGGGCUUCCUGAAAAACUUCGAGGAAGGUGCUCCGAAUCCGGAUGGAGUUGUGACCAGGGAGGAGUUCAUCAACUACUACGCCACGAUCAGCGCCUCGAUCGAUAAUGAUGCAUAUUUUGACCUGAUGAUGCGGCAGGCCUACAAACUAUAGAUUGUGUUCCUUUUAGAAGUUCAAAGCUUAACGUCCAUUUGCCGUCUUUACAGCUUGAUCAGUUUAUUGAAUUGCGCACAUGUAAUAAUAACUAAAAGCCAAGCCAAUGUUUUAAUUAAAUUUACUAGUAUUGUUGAAAGCUAAAUUUCUUGUUUCAUUAAAACAAUAACAACGUUG